AUGUUAUGUAGGCUGAAAUUGAUUCGGCGGUCACUACGCAUUCCCAGAGCAGCCGCCUUUUACCACAGUCUCUCGGGAACCAAGAUUGCAAGCGUGAUUAGAGAUGAGGCAAAGCGUGAAGUCGAAUUAAUCCAAGCAAAGAUACCAGACUUCAAGCCAACUUUAAAGAUCCUGCAAAUCGGUGCCAGACCUGAUUCUUCGACGUACGUGCGUAUGAAGUUGAAGGCAUCAGUAGACAGUGGAGUAGCAUGUGAUGUUGAGAAACUACCAGCAGACAUUGCUGAGGUCGAGCUUAUGAGCAAAAUCGAACAGAUAAAUGGCGACGAUUCUAUUCAUGGUCUUUUGAUUCAAUUGCCUCUACCGAAGCACCUCAACGAGGCCAGAAUAACCAACGCAGUCUCAUACAAAAAGGACGUUGAUGGGUUCCAUCGCUACAAUGCGGGAGAAUUAGCAAAGAAGAAUGGGGAACCGUAUUUCAUUCCAUGUACUCCAAACGGCUGUAUGAGACUGCUUAAGGAGGCAAACAUUGAUUUGAAUGGUAAACAUGCCGUUGUGCUCGGCAGAUCAGACAUCGUCGGAACUCCUGUCGCCAAUCUGCUGAAGAACUCAAAUGCUACCGUCACUAUGUGUCACAGUCGUACCAAAAAUAUCCCAGAGAUAUUGGCUUCGGCCGAUAUAGUUGUGGCGGCAUGCGGUAUGCCAAAAUAUGUCAAAGGCGAAUGGCUGAAGGAGGGAUGUGUAGUUAUUGAUGUCGGAAUCAACUAUAUUCCAGAUGCCACGAGGAAAUCUGGUCAAAGGCUAGUCGGUGAUGUUGAUUACGAGUCCGCUAAGAAGAGGGCAUCUUUUAUUACACCUGUUCCAGGCGGAGUGGGCCCAAUGACUGUCGCAAUGUUGGUGCAAAACGUCUUGCUGGCAGCCAAGAGGCAGUUGAAAGAUGCCAACAAGAUGCCCGAGAUUGCUCCGAUUCCCCUGCAUCUGAAAACGCCAGUGCCGUCCGAUAUCGAAAUCUCAAGAAGCCAACAACCUAAGCCAAUUCAGGAAGUGGCAGAAGAACUGGGAAUUCAUAAUCAUGAGCUCGAACUGUUCGGCCAUUAUAAAGCAAAGAUUGAUUUAGCUGUGUUGGAUAGAUUGAAGGAUCGCCAAAAUGGUAAAUAUGUUCUUGUUGGUGGUAUAACUCCAACACCAUUAGGUGAAGGUAAGUCUACGACAACCUUAGGAUUGGUUCAAGCGUUGACAGCUCACCUGAAAAAACCAUCGAUUGCCAAUGUUCGCCAACCAUCUAUGGGUCCUACAUUUGGUGUCAAAGGUGGGGCGGCAGGCGGUGGUUACUCUCAAGUGAUUCCAAUGGACGAGUUCAACAUGCACUUGACCGGUGACAUCCACGCUAUUGGUGCUGCCAACAACUUGCUAGCGGCUGCAAUUGAUACGAGGAUCUUCCAUGAGAAUACGCAAAAAAAAGAUUCAACAUUCUACAAUAGGUUAGUUCCUGAGAAGGGUGGGAAACGUAUUUUUACACCAAGUAUGCUAAGACGACUGAAAAAAUUAGGCAUUGAGAAGACAGACCCUGACGAAUUGACCGCGGAAGAAAUUAAAGCCUUCGCAAGAUUAGAUAUCAAUCCAGAAACUAUUACUGUCAAGAGGGUGGUAGACGUCAACGACAGACUACUAAGACAAAUCACGAUCGGAGAAGCUCCAACGGAAAAAGGGCAAGUGAGAAAAACCGGAUUUGAUAUCACGGUAGCAUCAGAACUGAUGGCUAUUCUUGCAUUAUCUAGUGAUUUGCAAAACAUGAGAGAACGCAUCGGGCGUAUGGUCAUUGGUGCAAACUAUGAUAACAAGCCCAUCACCGUGGAAGACAUUGGAUGCGCAGGAGCUUUGACAGCUCUUUUGAAAGACGCUAUCAAGCCAAAUUUGAUGCAAUCUUUGGAAGGAACUCCUGUUAUGGUGCACGCCGGCCCAUUCGCUAACAUUUCCAUUGGAGCUUCAUCUGUCAUCGCUGAUAAGAUAGCACUAAAGCUGGUUGGUUUACCAAAGGAUGGCCAAGCAGAGGGCCAGGAGCCUGGCUUCGUGGUGACUGAGGCAGGCUUCGAUUUUACCAUGGGAGGUGAAAGAUUUUUGAACAUUAAAUGUCGUUCUUCAGGUUUGAAGCCUGAUGCGGUGGUUCUAGUCGCCACAGUGAGGGCUUUGAAGCUACAUGGAGGCGCUCCUGAUGUCAAACCGGGCCAACCAUUACCUUCGGAAUACACGGAAGAAAACGUUGAACUAGUUAACAGAGGAGUCGCUAAUUUAUGCAAACAGAUUGAAAAUGCUAGACAAUUUGGAAUUCCGGUCGUUGUUGCUAUUAACAAAUUUGAAACCGAUACAGAUGCUGAAAUAGAAGUCAUUAGGGACGCUGCGAGGAAGGCUGGUGCCUUCGAUGCAGUCGCAACCAAUCACUGGGAGAGGGGUGGUGAAGGGGCUGUUGAUCUUGCACGCGCAGUUGUGAAUGUCACUAAAGUGCCUUCGAAUUUCCAAUAUCUGUAUAAUGUUGAAGAGUCUGUUGAGGAGAAAUUGGCUUCAAUUGUGCAGAAAAUGUACGGUGGUGCUAAGAUUGAGAUUCUGCCGGAGGCUCAGGCAAAGAUUGAGGCAUACAAGAAACAAGGUUUCGGUCAAUUACCAAUCUGUAUCGCCAAGACGCAGUACUCGCUAUCUCACGACGCAUCGCUAAAGGGCGUUCCCACUGGUUUCACCUUCCCAAUUAGGGAUAUCAGGGCGUCCAUUGGAGCCGGCUACCUUUAUGCAUUAGCGGCCGAGAUCCAAACGAUACCUGGUCUUUCCACCUAUGCGGGCUACAUGAACGUCGAAAUUGAUAACGACGGUAAAAUCGAGGGUCUAUUCUAG